CUCCUGGACUGUCGGGCGCGGGGAGGGCGGAGAUCGCGGCGCCCGGCCCCGCGCGGGGAGCACGGCCGCGGAGUGGCCUAGAACGGGGGCCUGUUCCCCCCCGGAGGGGCCGAGCCGGGGCGGGGAGAUGAACGGCUUCAGCACGGAGGAGGACAGCCGCGAAGGGCCCCCGGUCGCCGCCGCCGCCGCCGCCGCCGCCGCCGCCGCCGCUGCCGCUGCCGCCGCCGCCGCCGCCGCCGCCGCCGCCACCCCGGGCUACGGCCAGAGCUGCUGCCUCAUCGAGGACGGCGAGCGCUGCGUCCGGCCCGCCGGCAACGCCUCCUUCAGCAAGCGGGUGCAGAAGAGCAUCUCGCAGAAGAAACUCAAGCUGGACAUCGACAAGAGCGUAAGGCACCUGUAUAUCUGUGACUUCCACAAAAACUUCAUCCAGAGUGUCCGAAACAAAAGGAAGAGAAAGACGAGUGACGAUGGCGGCGAUUCUCCUGAGCACGACACUGACAUUCCUGAGGUUGACUUGUUCCAGCUGCAGGUGAACACUCUGCGACGUUAUAAACGACACUACAAGUUGCAGACCAGACCAGGCUUUAAUAAGGCCCAGUUAGCAGAAACCGUCAGCCGCCACUUCAGGAACAUACCUGUGAAUGAGAAGGAGACCCUCGCCUACUUCAUCUACAUGGUGAAGACUAACAAGAGUAGACUGGACCAGAAGUCCGAGGGCAGCAAGCAACUGGAGUGAGGAGAACACCCAGCCUAGAGGAAUGAGGUUCGAUAGAAGCCUGAGGCCCAGGUGAUAUCUGCGUCAUGCAAGCCCGUGAUGACUGUUAACUUUUAUUGUAAAUAAAAAAAGUUGGAAUGAUGAA